AUGGCGUCCACGCCAUCCUCCACGAGCCGUAUCAACGGCACCGCGGUUGAGAAUGCCUUCCCAACUCCACCUACCGGUGAUACCGCUCCUGAGAAUGCCUCCCGCCUCAAUGGCCGGAUAUCCCCAGCUCCUAGGAAGCUUCUGCCUUUACAACGUGCACAAUCUACUCCGCCAGAGCUUUCGCAUUCGACUCAAUUCGGCGUCUUGACCAAAGGCUCCCAGGGCCUGUCAGACCUGGCAAGCCUGGAACAUUCGUGGAGCAAACUGGGAUUGUCGAAGAAGAAAAGCCAAUACUACGACAACGCCUUCGCGUAUCGUGAACCAAAUAAUACUGCAAAGGAAAGAGUGGCGAAGGACUCCGUCAUCUUGGCCGAGGUGAAGCUGAACUGCUGCGUCGAGUCUGAAAAGGAAUUCCUCAUCGAUCUGUCCUUCCGUCUCUCAGAAAUCUAUCAGCGUCCGGCGUCUUGCGUCAUGGCCAUGGUGACAACAGACGUCCAAAUGCUCCUGGGAGGAAACUCGGAACCGGCAUACCAUCUUACAAUUACGGCUCUGCCUUCGGAAAUAGCAGCCACCAAGAACAAGAGAGGUACACAUCUGAUCCAAGAUUUCAUCCAGGACACUCUCCAAAUCCCUCCAAAGCGUGGGGUUCUUCGGUUCGAUGCGGUCGCGGAAGGGAACCUGGCGACGAACGGCGUGACUGCUCUGCAGGAGAUUGAGCAACUUGAGAGACAGUCAUCCGAUGAGGAUGGUAUGUUACGAGCAUUGAGUCGUCAGAGAAGUCGAAGGAGCAAGAAAUCAAGUGCGCCAGCUUUCGCUGAGCGCUUUCGAGUUGGUCUGCCUUCGGUCAGAUCUACCACUCCUUCCAGUCAACGUUUCAAUAAUGCUGAGACAACACAGACCAGAUCGGUGGACGCCAUUGGCCUGAGCAAGAAGCGUGUCAAGAAGCGGCAAAGCAUUUUGGGAUUCUUCAGGAAGUGA